UUGAACGCAUGGCACCUGUUGCGUUCAAAGGGAAGCCGGGAGGCCAGUGCUGCUGGUCGCGUGAAACCCUCGCGCGCUUAGUCAACCCAAUAUCUCUAAAACGCGAAGUUACAGAGUAACAACAUCUGUCUACCGACUCUCGCAGCUGAAACAAACAGUGCCGCGGUAGAUUAGGAAACACGUAUUUAUCUAUAUUAUCUGCUUCUGGGAGAAACACACGACUGACUGAAAUUAUUACAGUUUGGUGACUGAGAUUGGCCAACAGAAUGCGUCUGAGGCGUCGUCUCUCCCCCCUAAAGCUUACUGUUCUGGGCGGCACUGUUUUCAUGGUGAUUCUGGUGGUGCUCCAGAGGGACGUUGGCAGUGGUUCACUUCAGGACCCCUGGCUGCAAGAUCUCUCCAACAAAAAGGAAAGGGUAUUUGAGAUGGUCCGUGGGGCGGUUAACAACUUCGCCUUCCAGAUCGGUGCCCCGCAGCCCCCAUCGGUGGGAGUGCUGCCCACCCCGAACCGAAACUGCCCCUCGGGUUUCUACACUCAGGUGGAUCUCAAACCGUGGAUCGAGAGACCUCCUGAGGACACUCAAGCACCGGGAGCCAAUGGCGCAGCCUUCCAGAAAGCCAGCAUGACUGCAGAGGAGGAGAAGGAAAAGCAGGAGGGCAUGACCAGGCACUGCUUUAACCAGUUUGCCAGUGACCGAAUCUCCUUGCACCGAAGUCUUGGAGAUGACACCCGUCCCCCCGAGUGUGUUGAGCGAAAGUUUCGCCGUUGCCCUUCGCUCCCCACCACGAGUGUGAUCAUUGUGUUUCACAACGAGGCAUGGUCAACACUUCUGCGCACCGUGUACAGCGUGCUGCACACCUCCCCGGUGGCUUUCCUCAAAGAAAUCAUACUAGUGGAUGAUGCCAGCACAGCAGAACACCUCCAUGAGAAGCUGGAGGAGUAUGUGAAGUCACUGAAGAUCGUGAAGGUAGUGCGUCAGCCGGAGAGGAAGGGCCUCAUCACCGCGAGGCUUCUUGGAGCCAGCAAAGCCCAGGGAGAAAUCCUAACCUUCCUAGAUGCUCACUGUGAGUGUUUCCAUGGCUGGCUCGAGCCUCUCCUUGCUCGCAUUGUUGAGGAGCCCACUGCUGUGGUGAGCCCUGAAAUCGCAACCAUUGAUUUAAACUCUUUCCAAUUCCACAAGCCCGUGGCGUCGGCCCGUGCCCAUAACAGAGGCAACUUUGACUGGAGUCUCACAUUUGGCUGGGAGGCCAUUCCAGAUUACGAGAACGCUAAACGCAAAGAUGAGACGUACCCAGUAAAAACUCCAACAUUUGCUGGUGGUUUGUUCUCUAUAUCUAAGGCCUAUUUUGAGAAAAUUGGGACCUACGAUGACAAAAUGGAGAUAUGGGGCGGCGAAAAUGUUGAGAUGUCUUUUAGGGUGUGGCAGUGUGGCGGACAGCUGGAGAUAAUCCCCUGCUCCGUCGUGGGUCAUGUGUUCCGCACCAAGAGUCCUCACACCUUUCCCAAAGGUACAGAGGUCAUUACACGUAACCAGGUGCGCUUGGCUGAGGUGUGGAUGGACGACUAUAAGCUGAUUUAUUAUCGACGCAGCCAAAGUGCAGCUAAAAUGGCCAAAGAUAAAACCUACGGUGACCUAUCUGACCGUUUGAAACUCAGAGAAAGCUUACAGUGCAAGAACUUUUCUUGGUACCUAACCAAUGUCUACCCAGAAGCCUUUGUCCCUGAUCUUACCCCUGUCAAGUUUGGAGCUCUCAAGAAUAGGGGAUCACAGCAAUGUCUGGAUGUUGGAGAAAGUAACAAUGGGGGAAAGCCUGUGAUUAUGUAUGUAUGUCACAACAUGGGCGGCAAUCAGUACUUUGAAUAUACGUCACAUAAUGAGCUGAGGCAUAACAUAGGGAAACAGCUCUGCCUGCAUGCGUCUCCUUACCCAGAGCCAGUGAAGAUUGAGCUCUGUACGCUGGAGGGCAAAGGCAGUAGUUUGACUCCUGAACAAGAGUGGGUGGUCACAGAAGAGCAACUACUGAAGAAUCCAUCCUCUGGAAAGUGUCUCCAUAAGAAAGGAGACAAGAUAUUAAUGAGCCCCUGCAAUCCAGAAGACCAUCACCAGCAGUGGGCUUUCAGUUGACCCCACACUCCAAUUGAGGAGCAAGGACAUUCGCUCCCAUAAGACCCACGAGGGAGGGUCAGCAGCUACAGCUCAGGCUGACCAGCUCACUGCAGGCCUGAGCGGAUGCACUGGGAGUGUGUUGGAUAGUUCAUAUCCAUAAGCUCC